CUCAGGCACGACAAGAACAACAGCAGAGCCCGGGAGGUGUCCGAGAAACUCACAGAUAACCGCGACCUGCGGCACUUCCUGCAAAACACUCAGGAUCUGACUCUGUGGAUCAACGAGAAGAUGCUGACGGCUCAGGACACGUCGUACGACGGGGCCAGGAACCUCCACAGCAAGUGGCUUAAACAUCAGGCCUUCACGGCUGAGCUGACCUCCAACAAGGACUGGCUCAACAAAGUGGACCAGGAGGGUCAGGAGCUGAUGGAGUCUAAGCCUGAGUUUGAGCCCAUAGUGACGGAACAUCUGGCCAAGCUCCACGAGCUGUGGGACAAACUGGAGUCCACCACCAAGGAGAAGGACCGGCUGCUGUUUGAUGCCAAUCGCUCCGAGCUGUUCGACCAGAGCCAGGCGGACAUAAAGAAGUGGCUCAGCGAGCUGCAGCAGCAGCUGCAGAGCGGAGAAGAGGACGUCAAAGACCUGACGAAGGCCAACAUCCUCCUCAAGAAGCAUCAGAUGAUAGACAACCAGGUGCGUGACCGGGCGAAGGAGCUGGAGGAGCUCCAGGAGGCGGUCAGGAAACACGGCGGGGUCAGGGAGGACCAGCCGGAGCUGGAGGAUGAGCAACAGGUCCUGCAGAGGGACUUCCAGCAGCUCCUUCAGCCCCUGGCACAGCGCAAGGCCAAGCUGGAGGCCGCCAAGGCCGUCCAUCAGUUCUACAGAGACCUGGCCGAUGAGCUGCUCUGGAUAGAGGAGAGGAUGCCCCUGGCAACGUCAGAAGAGCACGGGCACAAUCUUCAAACUGUGCAAAUGCUGCAGAAGAAGAACCAGACAUUACAGAGGGAGAUCGAGGGCCACCAGCCGCGCGUGGAUGAAGUGCUCGAGCGGGGAGGGAGGAUGGCGGCGGCCGCCAGUGCCGAGGGAAGGCCGGAGGCAGAGGGAAUCACAGUCCAGCUGAAGGAGCUGGAGGAGGCGUGGGCCCGGCUGCAAGAUGAGAUGGCCAAGCGGCGGGAGAGGCUGAACGGCUCCAACUUGGCCCAGCAAUACUACAAUGACGCAGACGAGGCCGAAGCGUGGAUCGGGGAGCAGGAGCUCUACAUGAUUGCAGAUGAAAAGGCCAAGGAUGAGCAAAGCGCCAUGCUGAUGCUGAAGCGCCACAUGCUCCUAAAGCAGGCGGUGGACGACUACGCCGACUCCAUUCAGAAGCUGAAUGGCCGUGCCCAGAAGAUGUUUGCUGAGGACCACCCUGAUGGCGAGGGCAUCAUCAGGCGACAGGGCCGGGUGGAUAAGCAGUACGCGGGGCUGAAGGAGCUGGCGGAGGACCGCAGGAAGAAGCUGGAUCACACCUUCCACCACUUCCUGCUGAGCCGAGAGGUGGACUACCUGGAGCAGUGGAUCGCAGAGAGAGACGUGGUUGCCUCCUCUCAGGAGAUGGGCCAGGACCUGGAUCAUGUCACGAUUCUGAGGGAUAAGUUCAGGGAAUUUGCACGAGAGACGGGGAUGGUGGGACAGGAGCGUGUGGACGUGGUCAACCUGACGAUAGAUGAGCUGAUUGAAGCCGGUCACACCGAGGCGGCCGCCAUGGCAGAGUGGAAAGACACCAUCAAUGAAAGCUGGGCUGAUCUGCUGGAGCUCAUCGACACUCGUGCUCAGCUCCUCACGGCGUCUUAUGAACUGUUGAAGUACUUUGAUGACGGGAAGGAGUUGGUGGCUCAGAUCCACGAGAAGCAGAAAGAGCUGCCAGAGGACGUGGGCGAGGACUUCAGCAAAGCCGAGUCCUUCCACAGGAUGCACGCCGCCUUCGAGAGAGACAUCACGGCACUGGGCAAACAGGUUCAACAGUUCCAGGAGACGGCUGCGAGGCUUCAUGCCCAGUAUGCAGGGAACAGGGCGGAUGCCAUCCAGGCCACAGAGCGAGAGGUGGUGGAAGCCUGGAAGGGUCUGCUGGACGCUUGCGACGGCCGCAGGGCGCAACUGGUGGACACGGCCGAAAAGUUCCGCUUUUUCACCAUGGUGCGAGACCUGAUGGCCUGGAUGGAGAGCAUCAUCCAGCAGAUAGAGACUCAGGAGAAACCCAGGGACGUCUCAUCCGUGGAGCUCCUGCAGAAGUACCACCAGGGGAUCCGCUCUGAGAUUGAAGCCAGGGGAGCCAAAUUCACCGACUGCAUAGACCUCGGCAAGGCCCUGCUGACACGGAAGCACCGAGACUCUGCAGAGAUCAAAGAGAAGCUGCUGCAGCUGAUGGAGAAGCGGAAGGAGAUGAUGUUCAAGUGGGACGACAGAUGGGACUGGCUCCGACUCUUGCUGGAGGUGUGUCAGUUUGCACGGGACGCCUCGGUGGCGGAGGCUUGGCUGAUCGCUCAGGAGCCGUACGUGACCAGCAGAGACCUGGGCCACACGGUGGACGAGGUGGAGAAGCUCCUCAAGAGGCACGAGGCCUUCGAGAAAUCCACCGCCACGUGGGAGGAGCGCUUCUGUGCCCUGGAGCGCCUCACUACGCUGGAGUUGUUGGAGCUGAGGACGCAGCAGCAGGAGAUAGAGCAGUUCAUUAAAGACGAACAACAAUCAGAUAAGGACAGCAGGAGAGAAGACACAGGCUUUGUAGAAGAAUCUUCACAGAUCUACACUGCUGAGGAACAAACUCUGACCGGUUCUGGUGCCGUUGAGCCCAGUUCUCAUGCGCUGGAGGAGACAGCCGGUGACACCACGGUCCCCAUGGUGUCGGAGAUGAGGGAGAGCGGUUCUCUGGAGCUGGAGUCCUCCGUCUCAGAAGUGAUGCAGAGAGAACCGGAGAGAGCUGCCACAAUGCCCGUGGAGCCCCUCAGAGGUCAGGCUAUGCUGCAGGAGGGCAUGCUGGGCCGCAAACAUGACGUAGAGGGCUCAGGAAAGAAGGCUUCCAACAGGUCAUGGAACAACUUGUUCUGUGUGCUGAAGCCUGGUCACCUCUCAACCUAUAAGGACGCCAAAAGCUUCGGGCACGGAGUGACGUAUCACGGCGAGGACCCCCUGUCCCUCAGUAACGCCACCUGGGAGAUCCUCACCAACUACAAGAAAAAGAAGCACGUCGCCAAACUACAUCUCGGUGAUGGCAGUGAAUAUCUGUUCCAGUGUAAAGACGAGGAAGAGCUCCAGCGUUGGAGCCAGGCCAUGGAGAAGGCCAUUCAGCCCCUGGCAGCAGAGGAGGCGUCAGGGCCCUCGGGGGCCAAAGCCCACAGCCUGCCCCCUCCCUCCUCCACCUCCUCCGCUGCCCUCCCUGAGCCCAGCUCUGCCAAGAAAGACAAGGAGAAGAAGUUCAGCCGCUUUGCCAAGAAGAAGUGAGAUGGAGAUUGGAGGGGAGGGGGGGGCAUAG